UGUACCAAUUGGAAGUUUUGUUCUCCCGCCUCAAGCAAAUGGAACUGGUCAAUGGUUGAGUAAUUAAAGAUGUUUGAAACAAUUGUCGAAAAAUUAAUAAGUUAAUAACACGUAACGAAAUUAUUAACGAUCCAUCACCGCACAGAGUGAAUUCAUUACCCCCAGUGUUCAAAGGCUUACAAGUUUUUUAUGCUAGGCUCGUUGCUGAGAAGCAGUCAAAUCAAACUGUCAGUCAAAGUUUGCAAAGUGUGGAGUGAAGAAUCAUGCGACGUUGCGUCUUCUUACUAUUCACAUGGAUAUACACAGCUCUAAGUGCUCCAUGUAUACCUCGCGAUUUUGGAAACAAUGGAACAGUCUGUGUAUGCAAUGCUACUUAUUGCGACAGCACUCCGGUAACCGAGGUUCCAGACAUUGGUUUCUACAUGCAUUACACAUCAAGUAAAGACGGCCUGAGAUUUUCCACGAUAGAUGGCGUUUUUAACAAGGAAUUGCCUGCUGAUUCCAACAGUUUUCAACUAGACUUUGACACUACUUUUCAACCAAUUCAUGGCUUUGGAGGUGCUUUUACCGAUGCAGCGACCAUGAAUAUAAAAACGCUGAGCCCAGAUGCUCAAGAAAAUUUAAUGAGAACGUACUUCACUGAGGAAGGUAGUAAUUAUCAUUUCGGUCGUGUACCGAUUGGCUCAAGUGACUUCUCUACGAGGCCAUAUACCUACGAUGACUAUGAAGGUGACAUGCAACUGGAAAAAUUCAGUCUAGCAGACGAAGACUUACUUUACAAAAUUCCACUGAUGAAAAAAGCUGUGGAACUGAAUCCAGAAAUUAAAUUUUUCGCGGCAGCAUGGAGUGCUCCACCAUGGAUGAGAACGGAUAAUAAUUACACGGGUUAUGGAUUUCUACGAAAAGAAUACUACCAGGUAUACGCUAGAUAUCAUGAAGAAUUUUUGAACAAAUACGAGGAUCACGGAUUGAAAAUGUGGGCUAUUUCGGCAGGCAACGAACCCUUUUACGGUAUGCUAAGCAUCACUUAUUACAACAGUAUGGGAUGGCUACCGAGAGAUGUCGGCACAUGGGUAGCGAAUAACCUUGGUCCAACCAUCUGCAAAUCGAAGCACAGCAAAACUCUGAUUAUUGGCUAUGACGACGCAACAUCAGGUUUGGUCUCAUACGUCAAUGAAACAUUUUCGAAUGGGUUAGCUAGAAAGUAUAUAGCCGGUAUUGCUAUUCAUGGAUACACAGACACAAGCAUUCCCGCAAACGUACUUGACGGCGUCCAUGAAGACUAUCCUGAAAAGUUUCUGAUCCUUACUGAGUAUUCGAAUGGAAGUCCAGAUGCAGAAACUGGAAUUCUUGCUUUGGGAUCUUGGGAUCGCGGAGAAGAAUACAUAUUGGACAUCAUUCAAAAUUUACAAAACUGGGUAACUGGCUGGGUGGACUGGAAUCUUGCUCUGAAUAUAUAUGGCAAACCCAAUUGGAGAGGAAUCUUCGGAGAUGCUGCGGUUAUCGUAAAUCCAGAAAGCGACGAAUUUUACAAGCAGCCAAAGUAUUACGCCAUCGCGCACUUUAGCAAGUUCAUUCCACCAGGUUCGAUAAGAAUAGGACUUACCCACGGCAUGACAUCCGUCAAGGCUGUGGCUUUCAAAACACUGAAAAACGAGACGGUCGUUGUGAUGUAUAACACAUACCUCACAGACCAGAAUGUGACUAUUUACGAUUCAAGAAGAGGACAGAUCUCGUUAAAGUUACCACCGAAAUCUAUUCACACCCUCAUAUACUAUUAGGGCACGGUGUAAUUGAUUGAAUAUGCGCAUCAUCGUAUAAACAUAUUACAGUAACCCGUAAGAAAUACGUGGAAAUCAUAUUACGGAAUCUCAUAAGCCGGAUGAUUAUGUAAACAGUAGCAUAUUGUGAUGCAGGUGUGGAAAGUAAGUGAUUCCAAAUGGGUUUGAAGUUUGCAUCGUGAGCCGCAAAGUCAAGCGUUGCAAUAGCACGAGUACUCAUGUGAACUCAACAGAAGUCAAUACAAGGCGAGCUUCGUAGUUACACCGUAGUUACGCACGGGUGACACACGUAAAUUUUCCCAACACUCGUGAAAGUAAGUUCGAUGUGAGAAGCAAAAACAAUGUCACUGGAAGCGCGUAAAAUCGAGACGUUCAGCAAUGCGAGUGCGCCAAAGAAAACCCUAGUGUACAAAUUUUCGAGCAAUUCGGUUAUGCGCAUGCGCUUACGUCGUUUUACAUUACUGUAAGCUCUGAACAUUGGAUUUUCUUAUCAGGUUUUGAAAAAAAUUGCUCUUUUCUUGCACAAUUUAUAUAAAUAAUUACUUUGAAAACUGUUAGAACCGAAGCUCAUAAUUACACAAUUCACGUGGUAUGCACAUAGUUUCUUCAAUUACUACUUUUAUCACUAUUAUUAUUAUUAUUAUUAUUAUUAUUAUUAUUAUUAUUAUUAAUGUACUUGUAUUUCGCUACUCAUUUUUAUCAUCUUUUCUAUGGUAGAAUUAUUAUUACGUCAAGUUAUUCAAAAUUCAUGUACAGCGAUAACGCAAGCAUGAAAAUUAUGUAUCAGGAAUAAAGAUGAUU